AUGUCAGCGGAAUCUCUGCAACGGUGCAAAAAUAAUCAACGCCGACACUUUGAAGAGCAGCUCGCAUUAGCCGCGAAGACCGCCCCUAAGAGAAUCUUUGUAUACGUGAAGCGACGCCUGAAGCCGGCGGGUGAUGUGCCAGUGCUGGAUGGCACGGAUGGACAGCUCCUAACCUCCAGCUCUGAGCCUGCGGCCACGUUGGCGGCGCACUUCGCUUCUGUAUUUGCGAAUAGCCAGGUGUCUGUUCUGAGUUCGACGUGUACCGCUUUUACCGAACUCGAUAGUCUGCAUGGUGGCGUCGAAGAGGUAGCCCAACUACUCGCCAAACUUGACGGCACCAAACCUGCCGGACCUGAUGUGCUUCACCCACUGGUUCUCAAGUCACUUUCAACCAUCCUCUCUCCUAUAGUGACUGACCUUUCCAACUGGUCGCUCUCCUAA